CCGUUAUUUACUCUAUCCCAGACUCUUGAGUGAGAGAGGAUCAUUUCGUUAACAUCAGCCGGUCUUGUUAAAAACACUCGAGUCUUGCUCACUUGCGCCAUGAGCUUACUUGACCAGUUGUGGGACGACACCUUGGCCGGGCCUCGGCCGGAGUCCGGGCUUGGCAAGCUUCGAAAGCACUCCACCUUCAGUUUCCGACCAAAUUCCGGCAAGGAAUCUAAUGGCGGGAACGUGAGAUCAGACGUUGACGAAUCGCCGUUGGAGGCGGCGAAAGUUACACGGAGUAUCAUGAUAGUAAAACCACCUGGUUAUCAGAACGGGUCGCCGCCUGUUUCUCCGGCCGGAUCUACGCCUCCGGUAUCUCCUUUCUCUGGUAAUAGAGAGAGUUUUCGGUUUCGUAGAAGGUCAACAUCGGACGCAUAUGAGAAGGCGAACGGGGAUGGACUCAGGGGACCUACUACUCCUUACGACGUGUGAUAUAUGAGGAGGGAGGAGGAGGUAGGGAGGGAGGAAGCAAUGAGAGGAUGGUCUCAACAGGGGAGACCUACGGCUCCUGUGGAAGAUGAGGAGGGGAGACUGUCCAAAGUUUUUCUAUGCUUCUACCUGUGUCGAAGAAGGAAAUGUAAGUGUGUGCAUAUGUAUGGUAAUGUGUGUAUGUGUGUGGAGGCGUGGCGAGUAGCGGAAUAUUGAGGCUUUUAAGCUUCAAAAUGGUAUGAAGAGAUGAGAAGGGUGGUUAGUUGUAAUAUGGAGAUGUUGUUUUGAGUUUGUGUUUGUCGUACAUAUAAAAGUUGUCUUUGUGUUGUUAGAAUAAAGAUGUUAUGGAUUGAAUUUCUAUUUCGAAGCAAUUUUAUUAUGUGUGGUGGCUUUGCUAAAGGUGUAACAUUUCAGCAAGUUGGUUUAUAAAUAAACAAAUGAAGCAGCCAUUUACUGUUAAGAGAUCA